UGUUCAGAAUCAGAAGUGUGCUAAAAAUGUCUAUAUUUUUUAUGUUAUUGUUGUGAAAACUGAAAAGGCGGUGUCAGCUGUUUUAUUGAAUAAAUGAGUGUUCGUUUUUCAAAAUGUUAGUGCAUCGUGUCUGUAACAAUUAGAUUCCCCAGGGGCUACUAACCUCCCAACAUGAACAUAAUGCGGAAGCUCCGGAACGGGGGGGCGUCGGCUACCCCUGCCCCCUCGGACCUGCCCGAGCCCCCCUCCUCGCCGCACACCCAGCUGGGGCUGAUGCACCUCAAGAAGCUCUUCUCCGAGUACACGCAUCCGCCGCAGCCGCUUACCGACCGAGAGAGGGACGACAAGCUGUACAACAUGCUGCCUCUCUUUUGUAAAGUAUUUGGUUCAAGUCCUACAUGUGACAUGAAUGAAAAAUUCUGGGAUAUCUUGGCGUUUUGCCACCAGGUGUCGAUACUGAUGGUAUCAGAAAUAAGAAAGAGGGCUUCAAACCAAAGUACGGAAACAGCUAGUUGCGCUAUUGCCAAAUUUCUAGAGAUAGAAAACUGCGAAGAAUCUAGUAACGGCUGGAUGUUAUUGUCCACUCUGAAUUUACUAGCUGCUGGAGAUUUCACAUUAGUUCAAGUUAUGUCUGAGGUUUCAGUGCCAUCUACUUUAGUGAAAUGCUUGUAUCUUUUCUUCGACUUACCAGAACUUUCUGAAAAGGAGGCAAAUACCAAAGAUACGAACAGUGAUUUCACUCCAAAGGAACGGAGGAUUCUUUUACAAAAAAUAUUUGUUCAGGUAUUGGUACGUCUUUGCAGCCACAGAAUUCCAGCUGAGGAAUUAGCAAGGAAAGAUGAUUUGACUCUACUUUUUUCUGCCAUCACUUCCUGGUGUCCACAGUACAAUGUUAUUUGGAGAAAGAGUGCUGCUGAAGUCUUGAUGACGCUUUCUAGACAUGGACUCACCCCACUUGUUGUUGGAUAUAUUCACUCAAAAUCUUGUGUAUCACUAUGUAUAGAAAAUAUGAAGAAAGUUCCUGAGUUGGCUCCUUUAGAAUUGGUUGAAAUGUUUGUGACAGUAUUUUGUUUUCUCAAAGAUUCUAGUGAAGUUUCUUCUACUCUAUUAGAUGAUUUCAGACAAGCACAUGGCUACCUUUUUCUGUCUGAAUUCUUACUCAAGUUAGAAAAUGAUAAUUCGAAUGAAGCUCAAGAAUCUAUACGAAAUCUCGUUCUGAUGGUAGCAUCUUUGUGUACUUGUGGUUACAUAGAAUUGAAACCUUCACAGGCCUCAACUGGUUCUCUAUUCCAAAUGCAAGGCUUCAAUUUACCACAGCCCUCUGGGCGAGGGACUAGCAUAAGAAACAUUCAAGCUUUUCACGUACUACAAAGCACCUUCCUGAAGUCAAAUUCGUCUCUUCUAUGUUCAACAAUACUCGACGCAAUAUCCAGUAUCUAUCACUCCGAUAACGCUAACUAUUUCAUACUAGAAAACCAGAAUACCUUGAGUCAAUUCAUGGAGAAAAUCCACUACAAACCGGCCGAGAUCCAACAGAAGCUGUUUGAACUCAUAAAAUUCCUAGUGUUCCAGCUGAACUUUGUGCCUUGCAAAGAAUUGAUAUCGAUGUCGAUAUUUUUGAAGACGCACAGUCUCAACCACUACGACUGCAGCAUUCUGUGCAUGCAAACACUUCUGAAUGUCUUGCAGUACAAUGCCAUAUUUAAAGACGUGUACAGAGAGGUCGGUAUGCUGGAAGUGUUCGUGACUUGUUUGAACCGGUACGCCAACCUGCUGGAGGACAAAAAGUCCAAAUCGAGUUUGGGGCAAGGACAGUUAGGCGGGUUGGUGGUAGAGGCGUUGACCAUACUUUUGACCAGCAACAGUUCGAAUGCCAACGUUUUGAGGGAGUGCGGUGGGGCCAAGUGUGUGCACAGGCUUGUUCAGUACCCCGAAUGCAGAUAUGCGACUCUCGGAAUCAUCAAAGAACUCGUUCUGACUACAGGUGGUGAUGAUGAUAUGUCACAGUUGCUGAAUACUCUGCAUUCAGCGCCAAGGAUACAACUUCAACUCAAAAUUGAUAUUUUGGAAGCAUUGAAAUUGUGCUUGAAAGAGUCUCAUAGAACAAGGACAGUUUUUCGAAAAGCAAAUGGAUUUGUGUAUGUAACAAGUGUUCUAGUGUCUUUAGAAGGGCAACUUGGUCAAGAAAUUACGAAUCCAGAGGUUUUACAUUUGCUGAGUCUGGUUUUUCAAACAAUAUGUACAGCAAUGAGGUUUGAACCUGCAAAUGCGAAAUUGUUUUACCACGAGAUUUGCAAAACCAGCCUUUGUGAUACGUUGAGGUUACUCGGUUGCUUCAACACAGAAAAAGUGCUGACUAUAAGCGAGAAUGAUUUUGAAAUACCUGUCAACAAUUUUCUGGAUACUUAUAACAACUUGUUUAGUGGUUCUGUAACGAAUCCAAAAAUUCCUGACGAGUUAUCACCGUCUCUAGCCUACACUACUAUAAUAUACAGACUGCUCUACGACUUGGCUCUUGAUAUGUUCGACAAAGGCAAUGCUGCUACGAAUAUUUUGUUCAAGUCGCCGCCGUUGUCCAGACAAUCCAGUAUUCCGGGAGAUAACACAAACGGAAGAGCGUCGAAGGUCAAUUCCUUGAACUUGGUUCCACCAGCUCCUGAUCCCAUAAUAGUCCAUCCUGGUGUUGUAGUUUGCAUGCUGCAACUGUUGCCUUGCAUCAAGGACGAACACUUCGAAAUGUACCUGAGCCUCCAACUGUUCGUCUCCGAAAUCAUAAAGUCCUUGGUGAGAAGCGAACGCAAUCAACAAGUGAUGUGCGACAAGGGUUUCGCCGGUUCCAUCCUUCUCAUAGCUUCGGAACCCCUACAGAACGAGAACCACCCGUUGCACGGCUCCCUCCAGUACAUGCUGGAGAGACUGGCCGCUCAAGCCAUCGAACCGAAAGACCUGAGACACUUCCUGAGGCUGGGCGACCCCCUCUGCUGCCUGCCUCUCGGAUCGAAAGAGGCCGGGGGCCACCCGGUGCCCCUCACCAGGAUCAAAACUCUCGUCUCCAUGACCACCCCUAAAGACUUCAGAGCGCAGUCUUCCUAUACGUUGCCGCCUUUCGUGGAGUUCGACAUGUCUGCGGAAGGCUUCGGGUGCCUCUAUCUGCCUAGCAUCGCCCCGCAGAGUCCCUCUGCGCCUAGCGUGGUCUCGGCGGUAGACAGCAGUAUUUUGGGGGGGAUCGGUGCUGGAGACAGGCUGUUUCCCCCGCAGACCGGGCUGAGCUAUUCCACUUGGGUGUGCGUCGACAAGUUUUCCGAUUCUAGAUCGGACCCGCAUUGCGUUAGGCUGCUGACCUUGGUGAGGAAUUUCAAUGCGGCGAGAGAAGACCAUCUGGUGUGCCUGUCUGUCGUGCUGAGUGCUAGGGAUAAGGCUAUCAUCGUCUCGACUCAGGAGACACAUAUUCCCAAUCAUAUUGGGGAUUGGGAACCAGAAGGUUCUGGCGAACACAGUGCCAGGGUUUGGUGCCCUGACAUCCUCCAAGAAGGCCAGUGGCACCACGUGGUCGUAGUUUUGAAUAGGGCUGUAUUGAAAAACUCGUCGUUCUCGCUGUAUCUAGAUGGCCAACAGAUUCACUCUCAGAAAAUGCAUUACAUCUCUCAAAAUCCUGGGGGUGCUUCGGCCAAUUUGACAGUGGCUUCGUCGGUGUAUGGGUAUAUUGGAACUCCACCUGCGUGGCGAAGGUAUUCCAGAUUGUGCUGGAAACAGGGACCGUGUCAUCUCUUCGAAGAGGUUUUACCGCCAUCUACCGUAAUGAGCAUGUAUCAGUUGGGCCCCCACUACAUGGGCUCAUUCUUGGCACCCAAUCUCAACAAUCCAGAUACGAUGCAACUGGUUACCGAAGAAAAAGUCGUUUUCGGGUUGAACGCAAAAGCGGUAUCUCAAUUAACCUUGAACAAAAUCAGGAAAGUGUACAGCAGGACUGACAAUAAGUCCAUAGCAAAGCAGCUCGGUAUGUCGAGUCACGAAAGUGCCACUCCCAUCAGGAUAUUGCACAACUCUGCAGGGCAUCUGGCUGGAUCUGCAAGGACAUUGGGAGGAGUCAUAAUUGGGUAUUUAGGGGUUAGGGUGUUCUGUCCAAGACCUGUAGCAACAACAAUAGAUACAGUCGGAGGUUGUUCAGUACUACUCGGAUUGAUAGCGAUGGCUCAAGAUGUGGAAAGCUUGUACGCCGGCGUAAAAGCCUUGGUUUGUGUCGUAAGGAGUAACAAGGCAGCUCAGGCCGAGAUGGACCGAAAAAGAGGAUAUCAAACAUUAGCGAUGCUGCUCAGACGAAAGAGAAACCUACUGAAUUCGCAUAUACUGCACCUAACAUUCAGUCUUGUGGGAACUGUGGACAGUGGACGAGAGUCGUCUGCCAUACCCAAUAAAACUGCAUUUCAGGACUUGCUUUGCGAUUUAGAAGUGUGGCACGAGGCUCCAGGUGAACUUCUGCGGUCCCACUUGGAACAUUUGUACGAGCUAGCAGCCGAGUCCAAUGAAAAACGAAAUAACUCCUGGAUCAUGAGGGAUCUGCAACUCGUAGAGAAGCUCCUACAUAUCUGCCCUGACGUGAAACAUCCGGCUACGCGACAAGUUUUAUUUUCUGUUCUGAGUGUCUUACUUAGUGGCCAGCCGAGACAAAAUGAUCUUUUACUCUUCGGCCAAUUCGUCGCAUCCACUUUGCCUUCUUGUUCUAUAGAAAACGAAAAGAACCUAGUUCUUCGCGAAGGCGAUGGUGAUAGAGAUGGCGAAGGAGAAAAUAUUUUGCUCAGGAACAGGUGUCUGGGCCUGUUACAUUCUAUGAUAUUCUCGAGCAGGAAUCACAUUGGGGAGGAGAUUACGAAAACGUUGGGGUUUGAUUGGAUCCUGCUCUUCAUGCAGCCCCAUUUGCAUUCCACGACCAUAGUUUGGGCUCUGAGGAUGCUGGUUGCCAUUUGUUCUAGUCCGUCGUUGAUGUUUCGUUUUCGGGAGGCCAGUAGCAGUGGAGGCUGGCUACGUCACACCGAACUUGUUUCCCACAACAAGAUGGUUGUGGUGCUCGGUUGCCAAUUGAACAAUUCUCAUUGUAACGAUAUAAAAUCCGAAGCUCUUCAAAUUCCUGGAUUCCAAUACCUCGGCUGGCUUUUGCCCCAUCACUUGGAAAUUUUUGAGAUUUACUUCUUACUUACAUCCUUGAUGAUGGGUCAACCAGCUAAGCUAUUACCGGCGGAAACAAAGUUCGAUCUGGAUUCUGUUUGGGCUUUCUUGUGGGGUGCUUCCAUUAACAACCAGAGCAUCAACAGCGUUAUGCCGAGAAUAAAUUUGUGCUCAGAAGCUGUCGUGGUGUUACUCGGCAUGACUAGGGCCAUAGUGCAUACGGAAGAAGGGUCGUUUCCUGAGUGGUUGCAAAGACACCCAACUUCUAUCGUACAGGUGUUGUUUCAAUUAUACCACAACAUGCCCGAAUUCAUGCCGAUUUUCAUGUCAUCAGAAGUUCUUGGAGCAUUAGCAGGUGUGCUAUUCCCAUUACCUUCUGCUGAUGAAAGCACAGAGAGCAGUGGAGCCUCAACCCCAGUAGGAGAAGAAGCAGAAACCAUAGUAAUGUUGGGUCCACCCGAGGAACAACCACUAUCAACCCAUCCAGCCAGACAGUUCAUAAUCGACUUUAUCAGAGUAAUCGUGGUGGAUUCAUUGAGUCUACCGGUGACUGGUAAAACUUCGCCUGUGAUAGACUUGGUCUUGGACGCCUACCCGGAAAAAUCAUCUACCAUUCAGCAGAUAUGUUAUCAAACGGAAGUGAUAGUGACGCUGAUGGACCACUUACUAGCAGCUGAUAUGCUAGUAGGAGACCAGGCUGCCAUACCCAUAGUGCCACUUCCGACAGCCCAUAUUCAACAUGUCGCUCCGAACGUUUUUUAUUUGACGGCGAGGAUAGUUGAUAAACUUUGGCAGGGCUCUCUCACGAAAGAUCCCCACGACGUUUUCGAUUUCAUCGUGAAAUUGAUCGGGCAAGCUAAGAGGAGAACGGGAAAUUUGAGUCUGGAAAGUUUGUACCACUGCUUAAAUAGGAGCAUCCUGUUUUUGCUGUCCAGGCCGACUGAUAGUAUUGCCGAUCAGAUGUCUGUUUUGGAGGCCCUUCACAAACUAACGACAAACAGAUUGAUUGUAUUCGGGUCAGGCAACCACGAACUCGAUUUCAUCGGAUGCCUGACCUACUGUCUUCUCCAAUUGACCUCCGACAUGAAAAUCAUGCUGGACUCGAACAUGAAGACCACGUGGCACGUGAACCCGAGCAGCGACCUCGAAUCGAGGGACGAACAGCUCCAGAGCCACCAGGGACGCAAUCUAAUGGCCGGAGCGGCCUUGAGGGUGUGGGAGGAGCUGUACGUGUGCAAGAAGCCCGCCAUCGAGGAGGUGUUCAAGGUCACUCUGAUGUCACACCACAACUCCAAAGCGCCAGAGCUCCUGUUAGUGAGGGACCAGGUAUUCGAUUCGGCGUCCAAGUUGUGGUUGAAUUAUGUUGAGGUGGAACGUAAGGCUGUUUAUAGGAUACCCUACGAGCUGCACAACCAGAUACAGUCGAAGAUACAUAAAGUGACUGGCGGUUUGACGAGGUUGGCAAGCAGGACUAAGGUUAGGAAAGACGAGACAAUGAGGGUUAGGAUCAGGAUGGGGAAGAAGCAGGUGUUUACGUGGAUUUCGACACAUGUUGGUUUGUUGAAAGAUCUUGUUGAAAUGAGACGUCAACAACACGAAAACACGACUCAACACACACAGCGCUACGUACACCAAGAGUGGUUGCAGACCGAGAACGACUUGACCCGAGAAAGAGGGCUGUGGGGCUCGCCGGAACCGUGCUACUUGGACAAAUGGAUGCUCGACAUGACCGAGGGACCUCACAGAAUGCGAAAAAAGACCAUGAGGAACGACCUAUUCUAUUUGCAUUACCCGUUCAGGUUCGAGGAAAAGGGCAUGCUGAAGUACAAGGUAGCGACCAGCUACCACAGCAAAGAGUACUACACUGCCCUCCAGCUUCGGAAACACGUCGGAGUGAGCGGUAUCAUGGAGCCGGAACGAUCGGAUAGCGUCAUCGAGGAACCUUCUCCGCUACCCUACACCCCCGCUUUACCCCAAUUGACCAGGUUGCGGUCUGAUCCGGAGGUCGAACAAGAAGACACGGACGUGGAGGAAGAAACGACCCCCCAACCGGAUAACCAGACGUUGUUGAGGUUACUCGAAGAGAACGAGAAGAUCACGUAUAUGUUCAGAUGUGCUCGAAUACAAGGUUUGGACACUACAGAAGGUUUAUUGCUGUUCGGCCAAGAAUAUUGUUACAUCGUGGACGGGUUUACGUUACUAAAAAAUAGGGAUAUCCGCGAUAUAGACAGUGUGCCCCAAAAUACCAAUGAAUAUGAGCCGAUUUUGCCGAAUCCGGGCUCGCCUAGGAGAUCGAGGGCUAUGAGACAAUGUUCCAAGUUCUCCUAUGAAGAUAUAAGGGAAGUUCACAAGAGGAGGUACCUCCUGCAACCGAUGGGCCUGGAAGUGUUCUCCGGAGACGGCAGGAACUACCUGCUGGCCUUUCCGAGGAAAAUUCGGAACAAAGUGUACCAAAGGUUCAUGGCGCUGGCCACCGGUAUCGCCGACAGCGCCCAACAGUCGGUGGCCGGCCAGAAACGCACCGCCAACGUGGAACAGGCCGCCGGUUUGCUGAGCAACUUGAUCGGGGAUACCAGCGUUACUCAAAGAUGGGUGAGAGGCGAGAUAUCCAAUUUCCAAUACCUCAUGUACCUGAAUACCCUAGCUGGACGAUCUUACAACGAUCUGAUGCAGUACCCAGUAUUUCCCUGGAUAUUGGCGGAUUAUGAUUCAGAAGAAUUGGAUCUGACUGAUCCCGCCACCUUUCGGGAUUUCUCCAGGCCCAUGGGAGCACAAAGUCCAGAUAGAUUAGAACAGUUCAAAAAAAGAUUCAAAGAAUGGGACGACCCCCACGGAGAAACCCCACCGUAUCACUACGGCACCCACUACUCCAGCGCGAUGAUCGUCUGCUCGUACCUGGUCAGACUCGAGCCCUUCACUCAGCACUUCCUCAAGCUGCAGGGCGGGCACUUCGACCUCGCCGACCGCAUGUUCCACUCGGUCAAGGAGGCCUGGCUGUCCGCCUCCAAGCACAACAUGGCCGACGUCAAGGAGCUCAUACCGGAGUUUUUCUACUUGGACGAGUAUUUGAGCAACGCGAACCGGUUCGAUUUAGGGGUGAAGCAGAACGGCGUGACCUUGGGCGACGUUAUUUUGCCGGCGUGGGCCAAGCAGGACCCGCGCGAAUUCAUCCGGGUGCACCGCAUGGCGCUGGAGUGCGACUAUGUGUCGCAGAAUCUGCACCAUUGGAUCGAUCUGAUCUUCGGGUGCAAGCAACAGGGACAACCGGCAGUGGAGGCGGUCAAUGUGUUCCAUCAUCUUUUCUAUGAGGGGAACGUCGAUAUCUACAAUAUCGAUGACCCUUUGAAGAAGAACGCGACCAUCGGUUUCAUAAACAACUUCGGCCAAAUUCCUAAACAGCUGUUCAAAAAGCCGCAUCCCUGCAAAAAGAUGUUCGUGCCUGGCAGCAGGACCUCUGUGAUCGAUACUGGGUCUCUUGUCCAGGCUUUCAGCCUACCACAACCUGAGAAAUUGUUCUUUCACCACCUCGAUAUUUUGAGGCCAUCACUACAACCAAUCAAAGAAGUAAAGAGCCCGGUAGGCCAAAUUCUCCACGUCGAGAGGGCAGUCCUGGCAGUCGAACAGAACAAAGUCUUGAUGCCGCCGGUGUUCAACAGAUAUGUCGCUUGGGGCUUCGCUGACCAUUCGCUCAGAAUCGGGAAUUACGAGAGCGACAAGGCCGUGUUCGUUUCGGAAAGCGUCGUACAAAACUAUGGGGAAAUUUUAGCCUGCGUCUGUCCAUCUCCAAAGUUGAUAGUCACCGCAGGUACAAGUUCGGUGGUGACAGUAUGGGAGUACGAUUCUCGAAAAAAAACCCUCUCGAUCAAACACAGCCUGUACGGCCACUACGACGCAAUCACCUGUCUGGCCGCCAGCCCGGCCUACAACGUCAUCAUCUCCGGCUCGCGGGAUUGCACCGCCAUCAUUUGGGACUUGUCGCGCGGGGUGUUCGUGAGACAGUUGAGGGGACACGCGGGACCGGUGGCCGCGGUGGCCGUGAACGAUCUCACCGGAGAUAUCGCCACUUGUGCUGCUACCUGGUUACAUGUUUGGAAUAUAAAUGGAGAUGAGUUGGCCAGCGUGAAUACUUGCGUCGGAAGAGCAGACAGAAUGCAGCAAAUCCUGUGUGUCGCUUUUUCCCAGACCCAUGAAUGGGACCAUCUGAAUGUUAUUAUGACUGGUUCAACAGACGGGGUUACCAGGAUGUGGUCGAUAGAUUACGUUCAGGUUCCGGACGAAAACAGUAUUGAUAAAAUUGCCUCAACACCUCUAGAAAAUCCACCCAAGUCUCCGAAUUCGCCGAAACCGAGUAACGAGACCGUAGCUAAACCGUCACCUAUUCAUCAUAGGCUUGUCAAACAAAUCCACGUAUUGAGUACUGGGUCAAUUGGAAGCUUGAUGAAAUCCGGUUCAGAAAGUAGCCUUUCCGAAGAAGGUACUCGAUUGAAUUCUGUGGACAGGCAAAAAAGCGACGAGGGUAGCAGCAAAGAAUGGAGAAGCGAAUUGCAAGACGAGAAAGAGACUUGCAGCGACACUGAAGACUGCGCUCCGCCAGUGGCCCCAGCCAGGAGACGAAAAUCGAGAGUGCAAGUCGGAUUCAGGAAAAGUGAAUGUGGCAACAGUGCAGAUAUCGCCAGCAUCGAUGUCGAUGAUGGAUCUGGAAUGAGAACCAGUAAAUCUGACACGAGUCUCACCGAUUCUUUCGUCAUGGUUUCAGAAAAGAAAAGACAUAUUAAUCCAAUGAAUUCGCUCAGACCAGGUUUCAAGUGGCAAAGACAAUUAGUAUUCAGGAGUAAACUGACAAUGCAUACAGCAUACGAUCGCAAAGAUAAUGCUGAACCAGCAUCUGUUACGGCUCUUGCAGUGUCAAAGGACCACCGCAGCGUGUACGUGGGCGACACGCGCGGCCGCGUCUUCUCGUGGAGCGUGAGCGACGUGCCGGGCCGCGCGGCCGCCGACCAUUGGCUCAAGGACGAGGGCUGCGACCGGUGUGCCGGCUGCUCGGUCAAGUUCACCGUCUACGAGCGCAAGCACCACUGCCGCAACUGCGGCCGCGUCUUCUGCUCGAAGUGCAGCCGGUUCGAGAGCGAGAUCUCGCGCCUGCGCAUCCUCAAGCCGGUCAGAGUGUGCCAGGGGUGCUACGCGCAGCUCAAGGGCGACCGCUGAGGCUGAGCAGACGGACGGUGAGCUAUGCUGGGGGAAGUAUUGACUCUUGGGCAGAUAUUUGAAGGGAGUGACGAAUAAUCGUCUAGUUUUUAUCAUUUUCUUCAUAUUUUUAUCGGGAAUCCCAAGGACGACGGCUGCGACCGGUGCACCGGCUGCUCGGUCAAGGUCACCGUCUACGAGCGCACGCACCAUUGCCUCAACGGUGGUCGCGUCUUCUGCUCGAAGUGCUGCCCGUUCGAGAGCGAUAUCGUGCCUGCGCAUCCUCAAGCCGGUCGCAUGGAGGUAAGUAACACGUGGCAUCGCCAUUCGGUAGCUCCUUCGUAUUUUUGAAUGUGACACGCGUGCUGGACGUCCGUCUGGCGCUAUCAAGUGCUACUUUACAGUAAUGAUAAAACGAGAUUCAGAAAAAUUUUAUGCAAUUCCUCAGAGACCAUUAAUAGAAAAGAAGCCAUUUUUUCUCAAAGCAGGUGGAAUAAGGGAUAACUAUCUAGGAAAAGAAGUUUAAUUAUUACGAAAUUGAAAGGAAUGUGAGUACCAUAGUAAUGAAGCGAAUAGUUAUUUCGCUAUUUUUUUAUCACCCAAUCCUACAUUGCUUCUCACUCAUUUGUCGAGCGAAUGCGGUGCAAUUGGGUUUUUCUUCCCCCAUUCAGAUUUAGCCGCUUCGGAUCAUCUUUUACCUGGAGAGAUAGAGAAAAUGAAAAUUAGUGAUAUACCUCAAAAUCUUUUUGAUAUUUUCAUACCUUUAUAUCUCGAAUGUCUUCUUGCUAUUGCUGUGGGCUGCACUGAUAUCUUCUUUUCCUUUCUAGUUAUUGGUGCAUGACUUGGCUUAUUGUUUUCAAUAGAAGUAUGCAAUAAUUGAAGUGGUGUUUCAUUAAUGCUUCUAUGGUUGCUGCUGGUUGGAAGGGUUGUGGAUCGUCUACCAAAUUUCUUCAUUGGUCAAUGAAUGGGCUUAUAUCCCAAAAAAAAAUUAUUUCAUAAUUCGAUAGAACUCACCCAAGCUAGCUCACCACCGCAAACCGUUUCUUGUUGUGAGCUCCCUACGUUUUAUAAAAAAAUAUUGAAAUCCCCGAUUUUUCGGACCUCUGAAAACGAGGCGAUGAUGUGACGUCAAAACCCUAAUACUGAAACAAGACUAUUCUAGACAGAGAUGAAUGAUACAUGAUUU